UAGAACUAUAGGGCUUUAGGACGUUCUGCUUGACGAUAAUAAUAGCGAAAAUAGUUUGACGUGUUUGCAAGUACGUACAUACACACGUACCUAUGCGAAAUUUUUUCUCUUGCUGCACAUGCAAACGCACUGUGCCGACGAAGAAAGAAAGAGAGAGCUGCACACGACAACCCGUGUUUUAUAGUCUCGUUCUUUUCCCUCCCCCCUGAUUCUAUAAGCGCAUUGCGACGACGUUGUUUUGAAAAAGUGUCAAGUUUAGUGAGUGUCUCUCGUCUAUCGUUGCAGGCCACAUUCGCGUAGUGCAACGUAGCAGCAGUCGCCAAGUAAUCGCGAUGGAGAACAGUUGCAACCUCGAGGCAAUCGAUCGUUGCUACUGCAGCAGCAGUCAACUAGCAGCAGCACUGCAUUGAUGCUCUUUGCUGCUGGCGCACACAAAGGAGCCACAGGUGACUGGGCGCCAUCAGCUGCGUUGGUAAACAGAGCGUAGUUCUUGUCAUCCAAGAAAUCAUGGAGUUGUUCGACGAAUUCAUCAAGAACGAGGAAGAUUGUGCGGAUGAGAAAAAGACUUGCGAGUGGGACGUUAAUGAAACGAAAAAAAGCGAAGAAGAGGAGACAGAGGAGAAAUUCGAGGAUGCCUUAGACGAACCGGACAUGAAGUAUGAAGGGGAGAACUUGGAAUUAGGAGAAAUGAAUUGCGAUGAGGACGUUCAGAAGGAAAUAGAAUCGAUGGGUGAAAAUGAGAAAUCUGACGAAGAGACGGAGAUGAAAAGCUGCGAGGAAGAAUUGAAUUAUGAAGUGACCAAGUGGUUCUAUAUGCCGGAUUUCGUACUUCUAAUUAUAUUUCAAUUUUUCAAUCCGAGAGAAUUACUUACUGCUGGCGAAGUAUGCAGGUCGUGGAAUCGUGUCUCGCGAGACGAACUUCUCUGGAAGGCACUUUUCUAUCGGACUUACAAAAUUGAUCCGAGUGUUGGUAUUAUGCCAGGGAAAACUUCUUGGAUAAGCGAAUUCAAGCGUUUAGCUUAUCACAUACCACUGGUCGAAACGGAAACACUAAAGGAACACGCUCAUCAAGUUUUACACGUUAGUUUCUCGCAUAAUGGCAAAAUGUUUGCAACUUGUUCAAAGGAUGGCUGGGUAAUCGUUUGGAAUAGCCAACACCCAGUGACCGUGAAAUACCAGCACGACAUGAAGAUUUUCAGCUGGAAAUACACUCAAUUUUCUCAAUUUAAUUCUUCAGAUACGUUAUUGUUGGUAUCUGGUGUACAUUUUGGCAUUCCACCCAGUACUUCUGGCGAAAUAGCAGUUUUCAAACUUGCCCCCAGCUUCGAAUUGCAAUGCAGAGUGGUGAAUAAACCGUAUGAUAUCUUUGGUACUUGGUACAGCGAACGGUACCUAUUGAGUGGUAGCCUUCAUUUUCUUGCGCACCUGGUCAGCACAAGUGUACUGUGGCUGAACAAAGCUAAUCAAGAGACGGGAAGCGAGCACAUACCCAUUAUGAAUAAAUUAUACAAGUUUUACAACGGGAACCUAUCGUCAAUUAGAGCAGUUAUGGUAGCCAAUUGUUUGACCCCAGCGCGAACAGAAGAUGACGCACAAAAUAAGCAGCCGUCGACAUCUAACGUAGACGUUAAGGAGGAAAAAGGAAAUCCACUGAGUCAUCGAGAUAUCUCGUUGGCUUUUGCUAGUCCUACUAGCCCAGACGGAGAAAAAGAAGAAAAACCUGAGGUUUUGCACCAUGCAUCGUCGAGACUGCAAUAUAGUACGCUGGAGGGUGGCUUUAUGAAUUGGAGAAAGCUAGGCGAUGGCUUCGAGUAUGCAAAUCCUAUUCGAUAUAAUGAAGAGUACAGACAAGUCGAAGCGCAGAGAGAAGUUCAAAAUAGCGAUAAUAGUGAUAAUGAGUCUAGUCCACAAUACGAAGAUGACAGCGACGAAGAUGAUACACUGUCAGCCGAAGAAUUUGAUGAUUCUGAUGACUUAGCUGACUGCCCGGAGAAGUUCCUUAUUUUUACGCAAGGCUCGAAAACGUACACUCCACAUCAAGUGGGUUUCAAGCGAAUAAAGCCAGUAACGUUUCCUAGAAGACUCGAUCCUGGACCUUCACUCCAAGAACGACUUGCUCAACGAGAUCGAGAACGUCUCAAACAAAACAAUGGCGUCUAUGAACCGGAACCUAAUUGGGGUGAUUACGAUUCGGUAGCUGAUAAAUUUGAUAAAAUUGAUCACCUUAUUGACCUUCAUGGUCAUAUAAUAGGAAUGGGGUUGUCACCCGAUCAUAGAUAUUUAUAUAUUAAUACUAGGCCAUGGCCGAGAGGAUAUAUAAUUACAAAUCCAUUAGAACCGCCACCAAUAGCUCAGGAAAUUGAUAUUCAUGUUAUUGAUUUAGUAACACUAAAGCAAGUUGGUACAAUGUUGAGAGCUCACAAAGCUUACACGCCGAAUCAUGAGUGUUACUAUUUAUUUUUAGAUGUAUGUAAUGAAUAUGUUGCGAGCGGCGCUGAAGACAAACAUGGAUAUCUUUGGGACAGGCAUUAUGGUGUAUGUUUAGCUAAAUUUCCUCAUUCAGAUAUAGUCAAUUCAGUAGCUUUCAAUCCUCGUGAUCCUGAGAUGCUAGUCACUACAAGUGAUGAUUAUACAAUUAAAGUUUGGAGGAGUCGCGCAAUGGUAAAACAUCUUGGAUUAGAUGAAACCAAGAUGCAAAGAGGCAUGGAAGUGAGGAAACGGCACAAAUAUCAAAAAAGUAGAUGUAAUAUUGACUGAUUAAAGACCAUUCAAUUUCCAAUUUAAAAAUUGUUUGUCAUGGCUAAAAUUUUUAAAUUGGGAAUUGAAUGGUUUCAAGUAAUAUAAUAAAUUAUAAAUGAAAAAAAUUAUUCUGUCAAUCAAAAUAAGAUAAGUGAUGGCAGUUAGUUCAUGUUUAAUUUGGGAUUGUUAUGUUUAUGUCGUCAAUGACUAAAUUUUCUAUAUAUAUUGAAUGAAAUGUACUUAUAAUCAAAUUCGGUUUGUUGAUCAAAUUUUGUAUAUAAUUAUUGUGACAUGUAAACACCUUUACAUACUAAUACACAGAAACAUUAAUUAGAAUAAUAAUUAGUUAAAUGCCAUGACAUCUAUAUUCUAUUUUAAAACAUGAAAGCGCAUAAAAAGAAUACUGUUCAAUCUACCAUUAGAGACUAUUUUAAUGGACGACCGUUUUGAAGACAACUAUUCUUGUAAUGAAU